AGCCAGACCUUGGCCCAAGCCCAACUUCCUUCAAAAAGAUUUUGGACACUUGAUUAGAAGGACCUUGGCCCAAGCCGCCGGAUGAAAACCAAAGUAAUGGAGCAAAUUGUGAGCUAACUUGCCCGUCUGUAUCUCUUUCUGCAACGAGCUCAAAGUAUGUUUAUGUUGCAGCACAGUGCAUCUCUUUUCCAGGUGCCUCGGACUUCACAUAACAGAGUUUCCCCUCACUGCCACUCAUUUCUAGGUUCGUUUCAGUCCUCUUUUCAUCCCGAUCAAAGCUCAUUAUGUAUCAGGACACAAACGAACUGCCAAAGGGAAAAACCCAGAAAUUUGCUAACCUCAUUUGAAGAAAACAACGAUGACGUUUACAAUGAUGGGAAAAUGGAGGGUGAUGGUGGCUUUAAAGAUGACAAGAAUUAUGACAAAGAUCCUGAGCUUGCUGACAUUCUUGGCAACUGUCUUGAUGAUCCCCAUAAAGCUAAGUCAAGGUUGGAGGAGAGAUUGAGAAAGAAAAGGAAUAAAAUAGUACAUACAAAGACAGGUUCAGCAACACCCAUGGAAGUGCAAUUCAACAAAUUUGAUUUUACAAACACCUGCAUAUGGUUUGAGUUCUACAAUGCCCCGUUGGAGAAGGAUAUCUCCUUGAUUUGUGACACAAUUCGGUCUUGGCACAUUGUUGGACGUCUUGGUGGAUGUAAUUCACUGAAUAUGCAAUUGUCACAAUCUGUUUUGGACAAAAGACCAAGUUAUGAUGCUGUUCAGGGGGCAAAUGUAACACCUACUACAUUCUAUAAUAUUGGAGAUCUUGAGAUUCAAGAUAACUUGGCUCGCAUAUGGGUGGACAUUGGGACAAGUGAGCCUUUACUGUUGGAUGUAUUGAUUAAUGCUUUGUCACAGAUAAGCUCUGACUAUGUUGGUAUCAAACAAGUAGUAUUUGGUGGAUCUGAAUUUGUGAACUGGAAGGAGAACUUGACAUCGGAGGAUGCCGGUUACAGUGUUCACAAGAUAUAGAUGACUUUUGACUCUGAAAGCUCCUGGUUAGAAGAUGAAAUACAUUUAUUGAAGGUAAAGGGCUCUAAGCAGUAUUUGGCAACAUAACAGCAACUAGAGGGAGCAAGUUUACAACUCGGGCUUUCAAGCUGCUAAUACUAGUGCUAUUUGGGGAUUUUCCAUCAGACGCAUUUCAACUUCUUGACGAAGCAUCUACUUUUGGCUUCCAAAACUGCAGUUCGGGCUCACGGUAUCCUUACGUUUUCGAAAUGAAUUCAGCCUAACGGUCCUCAUAUUCAUUAGGUAUCUGUGGCCAUGCUAGUCUGGGACAAAAACAGUACUAACGACUGGUUCCCUUUUAGAUUUGAACUACAGUUCCAUGUAAGCAACAAAUUUGCAUCAAAGCAGUAUCUUGCGAUGUCCAUACCAUAUAAAUGUUUGUUUGUUUGUAUUAUUA